AUGACUGUGUCCGAAGAGUCGUCCUUGCUGGGCCCUGCAAGGGAUGAAGAAACGGGCGAGCACUCCAAUUCAAGGGAAGGAUCUGACAGCCUUGUCAUCUAUGCCGCAUUUCUAGGUAAUCAGACUCAGUCCUCUUUAGGGAAAGCUGGUUCACCAUCCACAGGGGUCUUCAUUGCAAGCGCCGAUGAGUUGCUCGUCAUCUCCACCUACAGCGCAAUCGCAUCGCAGUUCCACCGUCUGUCCGAAGGGUCGUGGCUCUUGCUCGCAUAUAACUUUGGGUACUGCAUCUCGCUGCCAGUGUUCAGCAACCUAGGAGACCGAUAUGGUCGCAAACGGGUUCUGGUCGGCUCCUCUUUAGUUUUUGCAGUUAGCUGCCUUGCCUGUGGUGCGAGUUUGUCCAUCCUGCAACUCGUCCUGUCAAGGGUCCUGGCUGGGACCAGCGGCGCAGGUAUCCUAGUCAUGGCCUCGGUCAUUAUCACUGGUAGUUUACUUUGCGUGCUCUACCUGCAGAGUUUGGGAAGCUUACAGUUGGCAUUAGACAUGACUCCCGUGGACGAGGUCGCGCUGUACCGUGGCUAUCAAAAUGUGGUCAAUAUCGCCGGACGCAGCCUUGGGGGUCCCAUUGGAGGGUUUCUGGCUGACACUGUUGGAUGGCGAUGGUCAUUCUUCGGCCAGGUACCGAUCGUCAUUUGCUGCGCGCUCUUCUGCGUUUACCGGCUACCUUCUUAUCUCAACGAGACAGAGGCGAAAGGCGAGUCUGCAGAAGAGCCAGCACCUGCCAGCGGACCCUCAGGUAUCCGCGAUCUAGACUUUGCAGGUCUCUUCACAUUCGCCGGGACAGUUCUCCUCCUACUCUUCCUCCUCCGCGCACUAGGAGCCCAGAAUAAAGGCAUGUUCUUCCAGACAUCUUUGCUUGCAUUCGCCUUCAUAAGCGGCUGCACAAUUUUUAUCGUUAUCGAGCUAUUCUGGGCGGCAAACCCACUGGUUCCAAUGCGCCUCUUUUCAAAACCGAUAGGCGUCUACUUUCUUUGCCAGACUUUAUUAAUGGCUGGUCGGUUUUCCUACCGUAUUCUCAAGCGUACCCAAAAUACAAGCGACUUUGUCGCAUCUCUCGCACUCGUAAUUAGUGCCCUCGGUGUAGCCGUCGGCGGCGUCGUCUGCGGACUGGUUAUCAAACGCACGAAACGCAGCAAAUCCAUAACUCUCUUCGCCCUGGCACUAAACCUCCUUUCGCAUACGCUCAUAUUCUUUCGAUGGCGCCGGAGUCACGGGGAAACUCCUUGGCAGCAUAUGCAGGACGGCGUCUACCUCUUCGUCACGGGUAUGGCACCAGGCAUGCUGUUCCCAGCAUUAUUCACUGCAAUGGCCUCUGUCGCACCGGAGGGGGAACUACACAGUUGUAUCGGGACGUACUAUCUCUUUCAGCAGCUGGGAAUUAUUAUUGGACCUGCAGCUGGGGCGGCGGUUAGCCAGCCUAUUUUUGAAAAAGGGCUGUGGAGGGCGCUGCAUGGCGUCGAGGAGAAGAGGAUGAUCAUCAAUCGGAUCCUGAACGAUGUUCGAUACGCGAACAGUCUUCCAGUAUCGCUACAAACAUUCGUGAGAGAUUGCUAUCUUGCGAGCUUCCAGUAUCUACCGCUAUUUCCGGUCGUCGCUACGGCAAUUAUGUUUCCAUUCCUGUUUGUCCUCAAGGAGCCGAGAAUCGCAUGA